CAUAUGUACUUUGACGUGUCUCCCGGUUUUACGGACGUUAAACUGGAUAUCAAAACGACAACUACAAAUAACAGAUGGCAAAUUUCUGUAACCCAGAUCGACUGUACUUCUUCUUCUUCUCUUCAGGCUCCGAGUGGUUGUCUGCAGUACUACACCGGGAGCACCGGAACCAUCAAAAGCUUCAACUACGCGCAGCCAACCGCUACACCAACAGAAAACCGUCAGCUGUCGAACCAAGAUUACAAGGUGUGCAUCGCAGCGCAGUCGAACGCCUGCAGCGUCACAUACAAAAAAAGCUCUAAAGCCCCCAACGACUACAGCUUCUCAAUGACUGAAGAUUCAAUUGCUUUUGAUCCCCCUGGUCCCGGGUUUGUCGGGGCCUCCUGCACCACGGACUAUCUGACCAUCCCUGGGGCGGUCAUCACCGACUCGUGGUCCGUCCUAGACCCGCCGGGCUCCGAGGGUGACACUUUCUGCGGCCUGAAUUUCCCUGAAUCCGUAAAAAGUACAAGUACUCAGCCCUUCCAGCUACACGUGAAAACCAACAGCAAAGAAACGACCACAGACUGGUUCAACGCAGGAUUUUCUCUGGACUAUUCACUGAGCGCUUCUUGCUAAUUCAGUAA